GCACCAACAGCACAUACCACCAUUCACUGCAGGCAGUAGCACCAACAGCACAUACCAUCAUUCACUGCAGGCAGUAGCAGCAGCACAUACCAUCAUUAACUGCAGGCAGUAGCAGCACCAACAGCACAUACCACCAUUCACUGCAGGCAGUAGCAGCACCAACAGCACAUACCAUCAUUCACUGCAGGCAGGCACCAACAGCACAUACCAUCAUUCACUGCAGGCAGUAGCAGCAGCACAUACCAUUGCCGCAGGCAGUAGCAGCAGCACAUACCAUCAUUAACUGCAGGCAGGCAGCAGCAACAGCAGCAGCACAUACCACCAUUCACUGCAGGCAGGCAGCAGCAACAGCAGCAGCACACACCAUUGCCGCAGGCAGUAGCAGCACGUAUCAAUCUUGCAGGCAGCAGCAGCACGUAUCAAUCUUGCAGGCAGCAGCAGCAGUACAUACCGUUGCUGCAGACGGCAACAACAGCAGAAGCAGGAGGCAUUCUUCAGGCAGGGACAGCAGCAGCAGCAGCAUCAGGAGCAGCAGCAGCAGCAACAGCAGCAAGGCGUGAUCUUUGGACAUCACCACAUGGACCACACACCUGGCUAGCCGCUCGGCAUUGAGUGCGUGUUUACCUGGCUGGCCACAUCGCUUCGCCGUGUCAAAGAAUGCAGGGCAGAGACGACGUGCCCUGGACGAUGAUGGCCGACAACCAAAUCAGCGCAAAGUCCUCACCAUCGCGGGUGUCAAAAGCGACGCUCACUCUGGAGCUCCCGUCUGUGGCAAGGCCCCCCAUGGAGCCGCCUGCCUUUGCCGUCGCUCCACGAAAUGCGCGGGCUCCGCUGGGCGCCACGGCGCGGUUUGACGGCAAGGUGAGAGGGAACCCCGAGCCGCAGGUGCUGUGGUUCAGGAAUGGGCAGCCGCUCGCAGCGGGGGAACACUUCCGCGUGGAACGAAGCUCCAGGGGCGCCUUCAGCCUGGAGGUUGUGGGCCUCGGGGAGGACGACUCCGGCAAGUACCUGUGCGAAGCGAGGAAUGAGGCCGGGACGAGGCAGAUCACGGUGGAGCUCAAAGUGGAAGGUUGUGAUGCAGAAAAAAAAUCCCUCGUGGCCAGUGCCAAGUUAUCCAGAUUUCCAAUUCCACCGGUGGAGAGCAGGCCAAGUAUAUGGGGAGAAAGCCCUCCGAAGUUUGUCAACAAGCCCUCAAGGGCUGUAGUGCGAGAGGGACAGGGUGGAAAAUUCAACUGCAAAAUCACUGGACGACCACAGCCCCAAGUCACCUGGAGAAAGGGAGACACAGAGCUGCACAGUGAUGGGCAUUUCAAGGUUUACGAGAAGUCAAGUUUACACUUUCUGGAGGUCUUGGACGUGAAAGAGGAAGACUCGGGUGUGUACACGUGCACCAUCACAAACUCAGCUGGGAAAGCAAGUGCAUCGGCUGAACUGAUCGUUCAAAUUUCUAAUGAGCCUCCAUCUGUUUUGAAACCUCAUUUGAAUGUUCAAAAAUCAUCCACUGAGUUGACUCUUCAGGUGACAAAUAAGAAAGAGAUCAACACAGAAGAGGCUGAAUCCAAGAAACAAACGAUGAAAGUUGUCACCCAAGAGGUGGUAGAGAGGAGAGAGGCAGCACCAAUGGAAUCCAACAAAACGCCAUCUGCUGCAAUGGAAAUGAAGAUGACAAAUGAGCAACUGUUAAGGAGUGCAGACAAAAUUAAACCAGCGUCCAUUGUGUUGCAGAAAACUGAGUUACCCGCACAGCCAGCUGAGAGGAAAUCAGCCUUCCAGAAAAUACAGAUAAAAUCUCUGGCUGUGAAAGAGACAGAGACAAAAGCAUCAAUACCGGAUGUGGUGAGGAGGAAAGAGAGCGGUGGAAAUGAAGGUGUUGCUGCUGAUCUGCCACAGGUCAACCCGGCAGGGCUAUCAGGGGUAGAUGUGAAGUCAACAGUGUCAAAAGAAAUGGGAAGAGGCGCCGUGGUGGCAGUAGCGACAGAGACAACGGAGCCACCGCCCACGGGGCUUUUUGAGAGAAACGAAGCAGCAUCUAAGAAGUUGCCAACACUUACGAUGACACAGAAGGACGCUGAGAGAAAGGUUGCCGUGCAUAAAGAAGUUGAACAGAAGCCACUUGAGAGAAAGAGGGUGGAGUCCAAAUAUGUCGCCCCAAAAGAUGUGGCAAACAAAAACGCCCCGGCAGAGAUGACGAUGACAGGAAUGGCCUUGAGGGAAGAGUCUAAGAAAGAAAACAGCAUAGGCCCGGUGUUCACUCAUCCUCCACAGUCCCGCGAGGUCACACAGGGUCACGAAGUCGCAUUCAGCUGCAGAGUGUCAGGAAUCCCAAAGCCAGCUGUAGAGUGGUCAAAGGAUGGCGUCGUAAUAAAAACAAGCGAGAGGUGGGAGGUCGAGGAGAACCAAGGUGGCCAUCAGUUGGUCAUCUUCGAUGUGCAGAAAUACGAUGGAGGCGCCUAUGCCUGCACAGCUAAAAACAGUGACGGGAAGGCAACAAAGGCCACCUUCACACUCAUUGUCAAAGACGCAGACCAGGCGCCCGGUUUCUCUGCCCCGUUGGUGGCAUGUGCUGUUGAAGAGCAACAGGAAUUCACUCUGGAGUGCCACGUGUUGGGGAAGCCAGAACCUUCGGUGACUUGGUUAAAAGAUGACAAGCCUGUCAACAGUGCAGUAAUGUCUUGCCGUGAUGGAUACUGCACUCUUUAUGUCGGAGCUGCUGGCGUGGACGACGGGGGCGUGUAUUCGUGUCUAGCUGAGAACCACCUUGGAAAGGCCUAUUGCAGUGCCACAGUGACAGUCCGAGAGCCACGGAGGAGGACGAGCCGCAGGAACGAGGAAAAGCCGGCGGUCAAGCAGUCGCCUCCCGUGUUUGUGAAGGGACUUUGUGACCUGCAAGUGAUGGACGGCAGCGAGGUCCAUCUCACUGUCAAAGUUGCAGCAAUUCCUCCAGCAGAGAUAGUUUGGCUGCACAAUGGAAAUGAAAUCAAGGAGUCGGAGGACUUUGUGUUGGAAAGCAAGGAUGACGAACACACCCUGCACAUUCAGGAGGUCUUUCCAGAGGACACAGGCUGCUACACGUGUGAAGCCUGGAACGAGGCUGGGCAGGCUCAGAGCCAGGCCCUGCUCACCGUGCAGGAGCCCCAGGAUGGCGUGCAGCCCUGGUUCAUCAGCAAGCCUCGGCCGGCCGAGGCGGCGCCGGGGCAAAGCGCUCUGCUGUCGUGCGCCGUCGCCGGCGACCCUUUCCCCUCCGUCUCCUGGCACAGGGACGGGCGACUGCUGUCGACGGGAGGCGACACCGUUCUGCAGCGGCAUGGCGACGUCUUCUCCGUGGUCAUGCACAACGUGUGCCCCGAGCACACGGGGCUCUACGAAGUCAGGAUCCAAAACACUGUUGGCUCGUCAAACUGCACAGUAUCGCUGGUGGUAAAGGAGGGUGGAGGCCCUGGCUCCGUACACCAAAGGUGGGGAAGAGACUCGGAGAGCCUUUGCUCCAGCACAAACGUUAGGCAGAGCUGCAGCCCGAGUGGAGAAAACCCUGAACAGCAGUGGGAAUGCAAGGGAUCCGAGCCCGAUCAGACAGACUUCCGAGGUGUUCUGCGCCGUAAGGUCCAAACAAAGGAGCGCUUGGAGGAGGUACAGAAACAGCAGGAGGCGGAGCAGAAAGACUUCCGUAGCGUCCUCAGUGGUGCGGCCAAGAAAUCGGGCUCUACCAAGCACUCGUCCGAAGAAGAGAGCCAACAAAGAGAGGCUGAGCAGCUGGACUUCCGUGGAAACCUUUCGCGACGAGUAAAGACAAAAUCCCUGUGUGAAGAAGAGAUAAAGGAACGCGAGGCUGAACAAGUGGAUUUCCGAGCAACAUUGGCCUGCAAGAAAGCCCCAUCGCGUAAGCCACCACCUCCGGCGCCAAAACCCAAGCAACCAAGUUUUCGCCGGAUACACCUACAGGAUUGCGGUGAUCCACCCGAGCAAGAGACAGAGCAGUGUUCGUCGGAGUCGUCUCACCCCGGUUGCUUCUCUGGCUGUGGGAGCAGCAGCCUCUGCUCCGAGUCGGAUCCACAGCACUGCCCAACGGAGUGCGACGCGCAGGACGGCCCCCGCUGCCAGAGUCGCCCGGCCUCGGCUCGCUGCUUGACGGAGUCUGCAGGCAGCGGAGGAGGAGGGAUGGCAUCUUCUAAGGGCUGUACGAAGGGUUCCAACGGGUGCUGCGAGACCGUGUCCCCCGGUGGGAUCUCCCGGGGGGGUGGCGGUGGCGGCAGUGGCGGCGACGAGCAGGCGCUGCCCGUGUUCACGGAGCCGCUGCGCGUGACACGGGUGCUGGACGGCGAGCGCCUCCAGCUGCAGUGCCGCGUGUCGGGGCGGCCUCCCCUCGUCGAGACGUGGAGCGUCGAUGGAAAAGUCCUGAAACCCUCCAAGUACAUCAUGAUCACUCAGAAAGGUGACCUUUGCUCUUUGACGAUUGAAGAGGUCCUUCCUGAGGAUGAGGGAAAGUACACAUGCUCAGUCGAAAACCGAGCUGGAAAAGCACAGACAUCGGCCAUGGUCUACAUAGAUGAUCCAGCAUGUUUAGUCAAGCCAACAAUAUCAAAACUAAAAACCAACGAACCCAAAACUCAAGUCAGUGCAGUCGAAAAUGAUGGACCAGUCAUUCCGAAAAAGAAACCCACUCCGAAGAUUUCUGCUAAACCAGAUGCAAAGCAGUCUACAGCGUGUGCACCCCAGAUCACACGCUUCCCUGAAGAUAUGAAGGUUCGAGCUGGUGAGAUGGUGGAUUUAAUGUGCUCCUUUGAAGGCACGCCGCCCAUCAAGGCUUCUUGGCUGAGGUUCAAAAAGGAGAUUGCUGCGGGUGGGCGGCUCAAGAUCGAGACGAAAGACGCGAGCAGCAGGCUCACCAUUUCCUCGUCCCAGCACAACGACUGCGGGUGCUACACGCUGGUGCUGGAGAACAAGCAUGGGAGCACCCAGGCGCUCGUCGGGGUCACUAUCGUCGAUAAACCAGAGCCUCCCGCGGGCCAACCGUGCGCCUCGGACAUCAGGGAGAACUCACUGACGCUGUCGUGGUACGGCCCCACCUACGACGGGGGCAGUCUCGUGCAGUCAUACACGGUGGAGGUGCAGGGCGAGGGGGAGAGCCGGUGGAAGGAGCUGACCUCCACGUGCCACAGCACCUCGUACAGCGUGCAGGGCCUCGACCCGCAGAAGCAAUACAAGUUCCGCGUGCGUGCCGCCAACAUCUACGGCAUCAGCGAGCCCAGCCAGGAGUCACCGCUCGUCUCACCGGGCAUCGUCAAUGCAGUUAAAGCAGAAGAGGAGUUUUCAGACGAUGAUGAAAAGGAAAAUGAAACUCGUGAUUACGGACACGUUUCAAUCAAUCCAAACAAGAAAUUAAACGAUAUCUAUGAUGUCAAAGAACGCCUCGGGACGGGACGGUUUGGACAAGUUUUCAAACUGGUGGAAAAGAAGAGUGGGAAAACCUUUGCAGGGAAGUUUAUAAAGGCCCUCACAGCAAAGGACAAGGAAAGCAUUCAUCAAGAAAUUGCUCUUAUGAACUCGUUGCAUCAUCCCAAGCUGGUCCAGUGUGUUGAUGCAUUCGAGUCAAAAACAGAUAUUAUCAUGGUCUUGGAACUGAUUUCUGGCGGGGAGCUUUUUGAGCGCAUCAUCGACGAGGACUUUGAGCUGACAGAGCGAGAGUGCAUCAAGUACAUGCGGCAGAUCGUGGAGGGGGUGCAGUUCAUGCAUCGGCAAGGAAUCGUGCAUCUGGACCUCAAGCCAGAAAACAUCAUGUGCCUCAACCAGACCGGCAACCGCAUUAAAAUCAUCGACUUCGGGCUGGCUCGCAAACUGGAAAAUGUCAAGAAUCUGAAGGUCAUGUUUGGAACACCAGAAUUUGUGGCACCUGAGGUCAUAAACUACGAGCCCAUUGGAUAUGCUACUGACAUGUGGAGCGUGGGUGUCAUCUGUUACAUACUCGUCAGUGGUUUGUCCCCAUUGAUGGGUGACAAUGACAACGAAACCCUGGCAAACGUCACAUCGGCCACGUGGGAUUUUGACGACGAGGCCUUCGAUGAAAUAUCUGAAGAUUCCAAAGACUUCAUUAGUAACCUUCUACAGAAAAACAUGAAGGAGCGUCUGACUUGCACACAGUGUGUGGAGCAUCCCUGGCUGCAGAUGGACACAGAGCACAUGGCAGCCAAGAAGCUCUCAAAGGAGAGGAUGAAGCGCUACCUCACCAAAAGGAAGUGGCAGAAAACUGGCAAUGCUGUACGUGCACUUGGGCGACUUUCAUCUAUGGCGAUGCUGGGGAUUGGUGGUAAACGAUCUUCUGGUGUGUCUCCUCCCAGCCCAAAAUCUCCGCCUGCCACUAACGAUGUAUCUGUGACACCAGAUUCACCAACAGUGAAUCCACUCAGCCGCGUUGCAGAAGAAAAAUCGAAAACGAAACCAUACUUCAGCAAGAAAAUGAAAGAUGCCAAAAUGGUGCCAGGCUCUUCAGCUAGGUUUGAGUGCAAGAUUGAAGGUUACCCAGACCCCGAGGUUAUCUGGUUCCGGAACGGGCAGCCUAUCAAGGAGUCGCGUCAGCUCCAGAUCGAGUACGACGAGGAAGGCAACUGCUCCCUCAUCAUCACGGAUGGCUCGGAGCUGAACGGCUCCACCUUCAUUUGCAAAGCCAUCAAUGGCCUUGGUGAGGCCACGUGCUCUGCACGUCUUCUCGCCAAUAAAUAACAAAAUGAGUGGCACAACGAGCAAUAGAAAUAGUAACACUGAAAUAAUGGUUGAAAAACUACGAUUUUAGUUAUUUUAUCCUCUCACCACAAACACGCUGAGAAAAAAAUUGUUAAUAUAUUUACAGGCAGUUUAAAUAUAUUUCUGUUAAGGUAUGCAAGGCCAUUAUUUAAAGCUUAAUGAAGAAUGUACACAAAUGAUGUGUUGGUAAUGUUUUGAGUUAAUUGCGUAAUUGCUUUUUUUUAUAUAAUCAAGCGAUAUUGCCCGGUGUAAUGCGUUUGUAUCUAAUGUUUAGACCACUUAAAGAUGGAGAUUUGCAGGUGUUUUUCCAUCCGUAUUGGCUUGUGGUUUCUACAACAUUAAAAAGUAUAAAGCAGAUUAAUUAUAUUGCUAAAAAAUUGACUUUAUUUUGCAACAUGUUUAUGAGAACAACUAAAAUAGACUGUAGAUAAUGUUCCAAAAUGGAGUUUGUCGUUUUAAUGUUAUUUUUACAUUUACAUUGUUUGUAUCUUCAAAAAAAAGUACCCGAAAAUUUUCAAAUACCAUGUGGAGAUAAUUGGGUAGAUUAUUUUAAGAAUAUUGUGUACACAAUGCUACUAAAAGCCAUACACAUUUAAUUGUGGUCCAAAGUUAAAACGAAAAAAAUACUUUUGUAUCUUCUAUAUUUGGCUCCUAAACAUGGUUACAAAAAUCAUAUAUAUUUGUACAAUAUCUCUUGAGUAUUAUUUUCUGUAAUGCACACAUAAAUGAACUAAUGCAGAAAUAAAAAUCAUUCUCGUUCUAUAAAUUGUAUCAUUGAGCAUCAACUUGUAAAACAUGUAUGCAUUCCUCUGUUUAAUAAAUGCACCGUGUCAUUAUAA